AUGUCUUGGGGGGGUCCUGGCCCGCGCUCCCCCCCCUCGCUGGGUGCUGCCCCCCCUGGGGUUGGCACCUCGGGCAACUCCAGUGGCUCCUUCGUUGCCUUCUUCUUCUUCUUCUUCCUCUUGGCCGGCGGCAGGUCGGGUCCUGUAGAGCCGCCCGGCCCCACCCCCGGGGGGGUGGAGGUCCCCACAGCCCUCCAGCGGCACCCUGCAGCCCUCCAGGCUGUGGAGAGGGGGGGUCGUGAGGCGGGGGGGGCCCUCACCCCCCCCAACAUGGAGUCGUACAGCCCCAGCCGGACCCGCUCGCCCCUCGGCCGGAGGAGCCUGGCAUCGGAGAGCUCCGAGCUGUCGGGGGACCCGCUGGGGCGCCCCGGCUCCCCCCGGACCCCCCUUUACCUCCCGGGGGAGGAUCGGGCCCCCUCGCCCCGACCCAAGGUGCUGGCAGUGCCCUACGAGGGGCUGGCGCUGCCCAGCCCGGGGGGCCGAGCCCCCUCCCCUCGUCCCCAUCGCCCCUACGAGUUCCUGGGUCUCGGGGGGUCCCCCCGGCCGGGUGAGGGGGGGGCCGUGUUCUUCCCUGAGCGGGCGCCCUCGCCCCGGCCCCCCGCGCCCCCCCCCUACGAAAUGCACGGGCUGUACCCCUCCAUCAGUAGCCCCACCGUCGCCUUCCGGGCACAGGAUGACCUCAUGAUCAAGCGGCGGCCACAGAAGAGCUGGAACGAGUCCGACCUGGACAUGGCCUACGAGAAGAAACCCCCUGGCUCGGGGGGCUACGACCGUGAGCUGGGGGUGCCUGAUGCUGGGGUGGAUGGGCUGGCUCCCUCCCCCAACCCUUGUUUCCCUGACCCCCAGGAUGGUGCCUAUGGGGGGCACAGUGCCACGCUGCCCCGUAACUACAAGGUGUCCCCGCUGGCGGGCGAGCGGCGCUCAGAGGGACCCUUCCGACGCUCGGGACCCGGCACCCUGCCCCGCGGCUGGCACUUCUCCCAGCAGCCCGUCUCCCGCAUCCCCGUGCCCCCCCAGGGCGGGCGACCCCCCCGCCACAACCCCCGCGCACCCCAAAAGCAGACCCAGCUCCCGGCGCUGCCCCAGGCCCCCUCGGCGCCGCCCGGGGGUGAAGGGCAGGGGGUCCGUGGGGCUGGGGUGCUGGAGCGCCCUGACCCCAGCUCCCUCACAGGAUCUGGGCGCCCUGCGCCCCCCGAGCCCGUCCUGCCGGAGGGAGAGCCAGAGCUGGAGCGGCUGCUGCAGGGGCAGGGGGUCCGUGGGGCUGGGGUGCUGGAGCGCCCUGACCCCAGCUCCCUCACAGGAUCUGGGCGCCCUGCGCCCCCCGAGCCCGUCCUGCCGGAGGGAGAGCCAGAGCUGGAGCGGCUGCUGCAGGGUGGGGAGACGGAGGUGCUGGAGCGGCCGCUCAGCCCCACGCGGCUCCAGCCCGUGCUGCCCCCCGAGGCGCAGCGGGUCCCCGAGUUCGAGGAGGUGGCGCGGGUGCUGGCCGAGAUGCCGCGACCCCUCAAGCGCCGCGGCUCCAUGGAGCAGUGCCCGGGGCCGGCCCUGCCGCCCACUCGCACCCGCCAGUACCAGCAGCUCAUCACCCGCCUCCUGCACCGGCCGCCCCGCCGCGAGGAGACCCCGGCCCCCGGUGACACCGGCACCUCAUCUGACCUGCCGCCCCCCACUCCGGUGACCCCUGAGGCCCGGCCACCUCGCCACAGCCCUCCACCGCAGUCCCCCAGCAGCCCCGUGCCCACCCUGGAGCGGCGCUCGGCCCUGCGCGACCCCUCCUCGCCCCGCAGGCGCCCCGGGGCCCGCGUGCGCCUCAACCCCCUGGUGCUGCUGCUGGAUGCGGCCCUGACCGGGGAGCUGGACGUGGUGCAGCAGGCGGUGGCUGAGCUGAACGACCCCAGCCAGCCCAACGACGAGGGCAUCACGGCGCUGCAUAACGCCAUCUGCGGCGCCAACUACAGCAUCGUCGACUUCCUCAUCGCCAGCGGGGCCAACGUCAACUCCCCCGACAGCCACGGCUGGACGCCGCUGCACUGUGCGGCCUCGUGCAACGACACGGGGGUGUGCGUGGCCUUGGUGCGCCACGGGGCCGCCAUCUUCGCCACCACCACCAGCGACGGCAGCCUGGCCGUGGAGAAGUGCGACCCGUACCGGGAGGGCUACACCGACUGCUACAACUACCUUACUGGUACCAGGGCACUGGGAGUGUGUGGGUACCGGGUGGGG